AUGGAUGAAAUAGGCACGUUAAGUAACCACUCGGACUCUGAACAGGAAAGCUCAGAAUUCGAGUCCAGGCCUACUUCAAACGAAGAAACAGAUGCAUGUUUGUCUCCCCCCAGACAAAAAAAAGCAAGGAAGUUAUCUGGUGCAGCCACUUACAAAACGAAGUUCAAUGCAAAUUGGAAGAAAGAAUAUCCAUUUAUUACUUCUGUUCAAGGUGAUCCGUACAGGUAAUGCCUAAUAGUAAACUGUACUUAGUCUCUUAAGUCAGAUCAUAGUUAAAUUAAUUAAAUCACGUCAUUUAUUAAAAUAUCAAGAAAUCCGGAAUGACAUUUAUUAUUUAUAAUUUAGGUUUCGUUGUAACACAUGUGACAAGAAAGUAAAAUGUGGCCACAUGGGGAAACAGGAUAUUAUUAAACACUGCAACACGAAAAACCAUGUAGCUAUGUUGAAAGCACUUGCUAAUCAGCAAAAGCUCUCAUUUCAUACACCAGAAAGAUCCGAAGAAUUGAAAAGGACUGAAGCGGAACUACAAAUGGCUGUUUUGACUGCUAGCUCUAAUGUACCAUUAGCAUUUCAUGAUAACUUGUCUCCAACAAUAAGACGAGUAUUUCCUGAUUCAACAAUUGCAUCUAAAUACCGUUCUGCCUCUUGUAUGCUCAAUGAAGCUGUUGCACCAAUGUUAAUAGAGGAUUUACUACAAAGCAUGAAGCUCCAUCCUUUUUCUCUCUCUGUCGAUGGUUCAAAUGACGAAGGCUUGGAGAAAAUGAAUCCUUUAACAGUUACAAUUUUUUAUACAAAUGCUAAUAGAAUUGUAACUCGAUUUUUAGAUAUGUGCACAUCAAGUUCUGCUACUGCUGAAGGCAUUUUUACUGUAAUUGAUGAAAAACUGACAAAGUUUCUUGAAUGUGCACAGCCAUGGAACUUGUGUACUUCUGUUGGUGUUGAUAACACAUCUGUUAAUAUUGGUAUUCGGAAUUCACUGAAGACCAGAGUACUGACCCGCAAUCCUGCAAUUUAUUUUAAUGGCUGUCCAUGCCACAUUAUCCAUAAUGCAGCCCAAAAAGCAGCAGAAUCAUUUAUGGAAUGCUGUGGAUUUGAUGUUGAAGAGUUUACCAUUGACCUUUUUUACUGGUUUGAUAAGUCAACUAAACGAAAGAAUGGACUUCGAGACUACUGCACAUUCUGUAAUCACGAGUAUAGAGCUGUAGUAAAACAUGUUUCAACACGGUGGCUGAGUCUAGAGCUUGCUGUGCAGAGAAGCCUGAAACAAUUUCCUGGCCUGACCUCCUAUUUUAAGUCAGAGAAUGAGCAACAAGCCAGAUUUAAAAGGCUUCAGAAGGCUUUUAAUGACCCGAUGACUGAAGUCUAUCUGUUAUUCUUCCAGUCCAUUAUGCCAAGCUUCACCCAUUGUAACCAAUUCUUGCAACAAGAAGAACCUCUGAUCCAUGUCUUACAGCCACAGUUGGAAAGAAUGCUCAGGAACAUCCUUGCCAAAUUUGUCAAAGCAUCAGUUAUCGCAGAACAUCUGAGAGCAGGUACAUUAACAUCUAUAGAUUUCAAGAAUGAUGAGAAUCAUGUUGGCAAUAAUUGCUUAUCAGUUGGAUUCUUGACAAAACAAAGUCUGGACAAGCUAUUGAGAGAAGGUGACAUCUCACCUCACCAGUAUGCCAAAUUCUUCAUGGCAACAAAGGCCUUUUUAAUUGGAGCUUCAGAGUACCUGCUAAAGUGGUGCCCUUUAGAAGACGAGCUGUUGAUGCAUGCCACCUGGAUUGACUUUCAACACAGAUUGGAAAAGAGUUUUAUGUCUGUUGGGUAUUUUGUUGCAAAGUAUCCCGAAAUAUUUCCUGACAUGGAUUUGGAAAGCUUAAACGAGCAAUUCUUGAACUACCAGUUGUUGCUGGAAGAAGAUAUUCCAGCAGAGGUAAAAGAAGUUGCCAAAUGUGCAGAAGAUGAUCCACAUUACCGAGUUGAUAUUCUUUGGGGGUAUCUGAAGGGUGUGAAGAAACCAGGUACAAAUUCACUUGAGUUUGAUCUUCUCUUCCGUGUUGCUGAAGUUGUUAUGACCAUACCACAUUCAAAUGCAGGGGAAGAGAGAAUAUUUUCUCUCAAACAAAAAUAA